AAAAGGAAAGCCUCAAUCGGUACUGGAGUGAUUUAAAGAAUGAAGAUCCUCGUGUAGUUAGUCCACAACACAUUCAUGUCUACGAUGUCCGAGGCUAUUUUACGUUAGGUGUGGGCUUACCAGGAAAACUGGCAGACGAGGGCGGAUACUGAAGAGCCAAUAAAAUUCUACAAGAACCUAGAGCUGGCGGCGAUACGCUACGUCCUCAAGUACUAAACUAACCUAAAGUACCCGGCUCCUGCUCGUUUUCCAUGGUCUUACUGCCUUCAUCCAAUUUAUAUCUAUGUUGAUGUUGCAUCUUGUUUGUGAACACUAGGACUGUAUAUUUUCACCCUCAAGGUGAUGCGUUUCUUAUAUAAUUCCCGGCCUGUUUCAGUUGUGCAAAUCGUGAAGGUUUUGCAUGAUUCUCAUGCGGUUGCAAAGUUGUCAAAUGUGUGGACCUUCUUGUUCAUAAGUAUCACGAUAAGGAUCCACAUCAUUGGCAUAGUGUUCCAGUGCUGUGAUCUUUGUCACCAUAGGAUUGCAAUGAUUUCCAUCAUGUUCAUGCUGAUGAUCUUCAUACUCAUACGACUAGGAUCAUCAUCUUCUUCAUCUUCUUACUCUUUCAAUAUUUGCGGAACA